AUGCCACCCUUUGAGAUGCUCAAGGGGAUGCACAGUCCCUUGCCAGGUUCCCUGGAGACUGAAUGCAACAAAGCCGCGCAAAUCCUCGACACCUUCACGAACCCCGAUCGCACCGACGGGCCCGACAGUCUCAUUCCACCGAAGAUCCUCUCCAGCGCGAAGGGCUUCGCCAUAUUCUCCAUCUCCAAACUCGGCAUCCUGGGCUCCAUCCGCCUGGGCUCAGGCAUCCUGAUCGCGCGCCUCCCCAACAACGCGUGGUCGGCGCCCUCGGCCAUCGCGACCGUCGGCAUCGGCAUCGGCGGCCAGAUCGGGGUCGAGAUCGCCAACUUCGUCCUCGUGCUCAACACCACCAGCGCCGUGCGCACCUUCGCGCAGAUGGGCAGUCUGUCGCUGGGCAAGAACGUCUCGUUUGCGGUCGGGCCGUCCGGACGGUACGGCGAGGUCGGCGGGGUGAUCAGUUCGGGCGGCGUGGCGGGGAUAUUCUCCUACGGGCAGAACAGGGGGCUCUUUGGCGGGUUCAGUACCGAGGGCAGCGUGGUGUAUGAGCGCAGGGGGGCGAAUAAGAAGUUUUAUGGCCGCAAGGUCAGGGUCAGGGAGUUGGUGGGCGGGUGUGUGGAUGUUCCCGCGGAGGCCGGGGGGUUGGUGGAUGUGUUGAGGGGGGAGAGGUUUAGGAUGAAUGUCACUGAGGGGAUUGGGAAGGGGGAGAAGGGGGAGGACAGUGUGGGUGUCUCCGAGUUGGAUGCUGGAGACGAGGCUGUCAAGAUGCCGGCCGAGUUGCCGGCCGAGAUGGUUGCGGAGAUGCCCGUCGAGUUUCUGGCCGAGUUGCCGGCCGAGGUCGUCCCUGAUUCCUUUUUUCUGGAUAGGAGGGGCGGGGAGGAGGUCAAGAGGAAGCCGCUGCCUGAGUUGGCGGAGGAGGUGCCGAUCAAGAUGCAGACUUGAUCAGCCUUCUUGGCUGGUGACGAGGGUGGUGAGGAGGAUGAUUUACUCCCUCCGCCUCUCUCGGCUCUGAGAUCGUCGCGAACCCUCAUGCGCGGUGCCCGGAUGGAUCGCUGCGAGGUGAUUCAUCCAACAGCUCUCGGAUUGACAGCCAGUCGAUGCACAGACGUCUGCAUCCUGCCGUGCGUGGCGUCGGCACAGACAGACAUCUCACUCU